AUGGCAUCCAUGGAGGAAUUCUCCCGGGCUGCCCUUCCAGCAGAGAUCAUGUCUUCGAUUCUUGAUUACCUCUCCCCUGUCGAUCUGAUCCGAGCAGCACGAUCGUCGAAGCUUCUACGAGAAAUGGCAUACGACGAUACGAGAUGGGUACAAAAGAUGAAACUCAUGGGCUGCUGGGACGAACUGGAAGCGAGAAAACAUGUGGAGGAAACCUUCGGGACGAUUGCCGACCUGGAAAGUGUUAAGCAUCAAGAGGAGGUCGAGCAAACCGGGCAGACUGCCGGAGGAACCGAGCCGAAACCUUCUACCAAUGUGAACUCGCUCUCCGAUGGCUUCGACCAGAUCAAUCUGAGUAGCUCCGUCGCCCCCGAUAUCUCCGACGCAUCGGACAAGGAUCCUGUCCUGGGAGCAUUGAAGUUGGUCAAGUCAGUACGCGGUGAAGCGCGUCAGGAAUACGGCAAAAUACACGCUGCGCUUGCGCCCUUCUACAAUGACAUCGUCACUGAGGGUGCCUCGUUUGAUAACCUGGUCUUCAAAAGAUAUACCGAUCCAUUGCAUCAGGCGCGGGUGUUAUCUCAACUGCAAUCCUUCGCUAAAUGUGAUUCAACAGAGGGCUGGCGUGCCAGGAUCGAGCAGCUGCAUUCUGUCACGGCUAUGUUCGAAACCGCUGCUACAAAGGAGUUCAGGCAAGGAUAUGAGACGGAAGAUAUUGAUGGGCGAAUGCGACAAUAUGCUCACGUUCUCUACAUCCUGAAUGGCGGGGCUUCGGCUGUUGAGCUGUUCAUUCAUCACAACCAUCUCAUCACACGACGGUCAGACUUUGGUAAGGUGGCAGAUUGUAUCGACGUGUCGACGCCGCAGGUGAAACUCGAGCAGACCCAGGCAUUUUUCACUCGCCUCAGUGUCGCCUACAACGAAGAAGUGUCGAUUAUCAACCGUGCUUUCCCCGCAUCAAUAGCGGUAGCCUCGCCAUUCAUUGAGAAAGUAGGGCAAGGUGUGCUGUAUCCAUUCUUGACCGCAAUAUUUGAUGAAUUACAUCGAACCGACAUCGAGUCCUACCUCGUGGCCAUAUCCGGGACCUUUGCCCAAUGCAUGAACUUCUCGGAUAAUUUAUUGCCCAUUCAGAAUUCAACCGACAAUUUCGAUGAUUUUCUUGACCAUAUAAUUGGCAAGGUCUAUGAACCACACAUGGAUCUCUAUCUCGCGGAAGAGCUGGAUCACUUCCGAAAAAUAUCUGAGACCGCAGUGAAGGACUGGGAUAGACAGUUGUCGGAACAAGCAGCCUCGACCGAAUCAUUUCUUAUGUCGAAUAUCAAUCGGCAGGCAGAUAAACGAGACUUCCUAACUUCUUUCAAGAAAGUGAUCAUGGCGCCUGUAAACAUUCUCCCCAGCUUCUCAAGCACCAAAGCAAAUGACACAAAGUCAGACGAGAGUUCAGCCGUCGGGGAGUCACCUUCUGGGCUCAAGAGUGCGAACCGAUUUUCAACAAUCGCCUCGCCUUCCACACCCCCUACCGCAGAGGCUCCGACUACCGAGCUUGCAGCAAAAGCAGCAAUCAUGAAGUCAAAACUAGAGGGAAUUAGCUCUCUCUUCAGCAUCGAAGUUGCGCUCAGCCUCGUCCAUACAGCUAAAUCGGGCCUGGAACGAGCUGCCCAAUUUGUUACACUAGGAGGCGAGACGGGGGCCGCUGUGAAGCAGCAAUGCGAGGCCAUUUUCGUUGCUCUAGUCCGGAUAUUGGGCCAUCAGCACCUCAUUGUCGGAUUCAAUAAGGCGGUGGAUCACCUUUCAAACUAUCGCCCUCGCGAGCAGGGAGAUCGUGAUCAGUCAGGAGUGGAGCCCUUGGUGACCUUCCUAGAGUUGGUGAACGUUGGUGAUCUCAUUCUUCAGAUGAUUGAUGUCUUCUAUGAACAGGAGCUGAUUGGCUCUAAACUGACCGACCGCAAUGAUUUCCUCGACCCUGCGGUGAAAGAGAAGAAGAAGUUUGAGCAGAUCCUUGACGAGCGCGUCGCUGCCGGUUUGAAUAAAGGAAUUGACGUUCUCAUGGAAGAAGUCGACUACAUUCUUGCCACUAGGCAACUGGCUACGGACUUCAACCCCAGUGUGUCUACCGACCCUCACCGCAAGACCAUGGACGUGAGCAUCACGGAGGCGGCGGCGGCGGUAGUUGACGUGGUAUCGUCGCAUACACGAAUGCUGGUGGGGAGUACCGACAAAAGCACGCUGGACGUCUUCAACCAAGAAGUCGGGCUGCGGCUUUUUACCGCCCUCUGCAAACACUUGAAGCGCCAAAGGAUCAGCGUGGAGGGGUCAUUGAAGCUGAUCAGCGAUAUGAACCACUACUUCAAGUUCGUUCAGACGCUCAAGAACAGCGAACUCUUACUAUACUUCAAGGCCUUUCGAGAGCUGUCUCAAAUCUAUCUGAUCGACCCGUCCGAUGCCAAAGAGCUGGCCACCAUUAUAGCUGACUCGGGUCGCUUCAAUGGCAUCUGGCGGGUCGAGGAAGUGUACGAAUUCGCCGAGCGCCGAGCGGAUUGGUAUCAAGUGAAACGAGAUGUGGAACGUGCCAUGUAUGGCAUCGGGUGCAAUGUUAUGUAA